AUGUCUGAACCACGACCAAAUACUCACGAUGAUCAGAUCCAGCAGCAAUCUACUGAAACGAAAGCAUCUAACGCAGAGACCGAAGAGCAAAAAUACGCACAGACUGGUCCUAGGCAUUUAAUUCCUGUGCAUCCAGGCAACCCUGCGUCAAAUGGCGGUCUAUCACGAACCCCAUCCACGAGCUCCAAUGCUUCCAGAGACUCCCGUGCUGUAUUCGACUUUUCGCAUCAACGGUCACGGGCUCCUAGGCCGUUGGAGCCGCCGGUAACGAAAGCUACUUUGAGCGAACUGGAUGUAAAUAAGAUUAUCCAUAACCCAAAGCUAAGGCACGAUAUAAAUUUCGACCCAGAUCUUCAUUUCAGGCCAAAUGUCGACGGGGAGAAGGGGAGGAGAAAGCAAGAGAAGGCCAACCAAUUCUGGAACUCACUCACGGAACAGUUGCAAUUAUUUAUCAUUAACCGGGAUGAAUUUAUGAGCAGAUUCGGGCAGGGUGAAGAUUGGUGCCUCCCGCAACUUCUAAAGUCGGUCAAGGAGAUCAUUCAGACUUUAGUUCCUCAGCGGGAUCGUAUGUAUCUUGAUGAAGGGCUAAACGUCGAGCUUAUCAUGCAACAGUUUGGUAAAGGAAUAGCAGACUUGGAAAAGUUGGCCUCGUGGUUGUCUGGAGUUCUGAAAUCCCAUUGUGCCCCUAUGAGGGACGAAUGGGUGGACGAAAUGUACAACCAGCUGACAAAUGGCAACAAAACCAAUGAUAUGGAGGAGCUUGUGCAAGGAAUGCGCAGCCUCUUAAGCGUUCUCGAAGCCAUGAAGCUCGAUGUUGCGAAUCACCAAAUCAGAUGCCUUCGGCCGAUCCUCAUUGAAGACACGGUCCAUUUCGAACAGCGAUUCUUUCUUAAGAAGAUACGGGAUCGCAAGAUGGACCCUGGCCCAGCUCAGGCGUGGUACCUGACAGUGAAUCAGUUUUAUUCUCAAGACCCGGCUUCGGUCCAGGCUUUCGGAGAAAUGGGUUCCUUUUUUGAGGCUCUAUGCAAAAUGAUACUCCCAUCGUCAGAUCCGUAUUCGCAUCCAGAUACCUUUGUUUUUGAUGAGGAGCGCAUGGCCAAACUCCGAUCUGACAUGCUCGACGCGAUCAACCUAGAAGUUUGCAUGCGCUUAUACGAAGGGUUGGACAGAAAAUACAGAUUCAACGAUACGAUGUCUAGUAUUCCCACGCCUUUGCUAGCUACGCCCUUUUCAGAUGCCUCUGGUUUCCUAAGCUCGAGAACUGAAGAUGACGGGAGCGAAAGCUGCUUCAAUUCUAGGCCGUCUAGUCUGGUUUUCAGUUCCGCUGGAUCGGCCCAUUCAUCUCCUCGCAACUCUUUUGUCCUGCCCGUUCAACCAGCUACCAGUCGCCCUGAAGACCAGCAAGCCAAGUCGAGAAACCUCUACAACUCGCUUGUCGCAUUACUUCAGACUUCCCCCGCCAGCUCCCGUUCAGUUUCACGAUGGAAGGCGAUGAAGGAUUCAUUGGCUCUACAGAUCUUCCGAUUUACCAAUGCGCCUGCUCAGGAUCUUCUACAAUUUGAGGACGAGCUUGAUAACCAUAUUUCCGAGCUCUCGUCUCCGCUCUUCCAACAGGUGGAACAGUACUACCACUACCACUUGCUUGUGGAACUUCGACAACGCGUCAAGGACUUUAAGGGACUCACAGGCGCAGCUCUAUUCUCAGUCGCUACCGGCGGCCGUCUGCACAGCCCCAGUCGCGGUUGGGAUGGCCCCCGCGAAAACGUAAGCCGAGAACGUACGUCUCUGGAAAAUGCCAUCCGGGAAGCGCGGGAAGAGGGAGGUGUCGAAGAUAUGGCCACGCGGCUAGCCCACAUGGGUCUCCUCCAUUGGAGAGUCUGGUCGCAUUUGGUUUAUACAGGCGAUCUCGAGAAUCUCGUUCCGGUGCCUGAUAUGCCCAUGGCAAUUUAA